CCCAUCUCUACAAAAAAAAUUAAAACCAGCCAGUCAUGGUGGCACACACAUGUAGCCCAGCUACUCAGGAGGCUGUUAAUGAGCUAAAUAAUCUCUAAAGUCACAUAGCUGGUAAGAGGUAGAGCUGGAAUUCAAACUCAGACAUCUUGGCCUGGUUCCAGAGCCUGUUGCUUUUAACCACUGUGCUGUACUGCCUGCCUUCUCAGGGCUCCAGGUCUUGGCACACUGCCACAGUGAGACACUAGGGAAUGUGUUUCGAUUUUGUUAGUUUGAGUUAUAUCUGGAUUUUGACCUACUGGGGCCUUUCUAGGUUUCAGGACAGCCUUUGUUCUCCAUUUAGUUCCAUCUCAGCAGCCUACUGUUAGGUUGGAAGCCCCUACUUUGCUGGGUGUGGGUAGAAUAAUAAAUAGAGUUGCUCCUCCUCUGAGUGACGAGAAGGGAAUCUGUUUGGAAAUGUGGGGUUCCUGCAAGGCAGAUGUCUUCCCUCUCAGUGCCUCGAGGCCCACAGCUCACAGACAAGUGCCCAGAGACUCAAACGGGCCUCUGCUAAAAACAGGCAAGUGUCCAUUAGUUGUCUUCUGGGCCUGGCCUGUUUGUCUCUGUAUCCACCUCACAGGAGAGAAGCUGCUUGAAGGGCAAGUGAUCCAGCUUGAGGACGGGACCACCGCAUACAUUCACCAAGUGACAGUGCAGAAAGAAUCUCUCUCCUUUGAGGAUGGACAACCCGUGCAACUGGAAGAUGGCAGCAUGGCCUACAUACACCGCACACCCAAAGAGGGCUAUGACCCCAGCGCCCUGGAAGCUGUCCAGCUGGAAGAUGGCUCCACUGCCUACAUCCACCACCCUGCGGCGGUGCCGUCGGACGGCACCAUCCUGGCUGUGCAGACAGAGGUGGGCUUGGAAGACCUGGCAGCAGAGGAUGAGGAGGGCUUCAGUGCAGACACAGUGGUGGCCCUGGAGCAAUAUGCCAGCAAGGUUCUGCAUGACAGCCAGACUCCCCACAAUGGCAAGGGGCAGCAGGUUGGAGACAGAGCGUUCCGCUGUGGCUACAAGGGCUGUGGGCGUCUCUACACCACUGCUCAUCACUUAAAGGUGCAUGAACGAGCUCACACGGGUGACCGUCCAUACAGGUGUGACUUCCCCAGCUGUGGAAAGGCCUUUGCCACAGGCUAUGGGCUGAAGAGCCACGUUCGCACCCACACCGGUGAGAAGCCGUACAAGUGCCCAGAGGAGCUGUGCAGCAAGGCCUUCAAGACCUCGGGAGACCUGCAGAAGCACGUCCGAACCCACACCGGUGAACGCCCGUUCCGAUGCCCCUUUGAGGGCUGUGGCCGCUCCUUCACCACGUCUAACAUCCGCAAGGUGCACGUGCGCACCCACACAGGCGAGCGGCCCUACACCUGCCCGGAGCCCCACUGUGGCCGCGGCUUCACCAGCGCGACCAACUACAAGAAUCACGUGCGCAUCCACACAGGGGAGAAGCCAUACGUUUGCACGGUGCCAGGCUGCGGCAAGCGCUUCACCGAGUACUCGAGCCUGUACAAGCACCACGUGGUGCACACGCACUGCAAGCCCUAUACCUGCAGCACCUGCGGCAAGACCUACCGGCAGACCUCCACCCUGGCCAUGCACAAGCGCAGUGCGCACGGCGAGCUGGAGGCCACAGAGGAGAGCGAGCAGGCCCUCUACGAGCAGCAGCAGCUUGAGGCUGCCUCUGCUGCCGAGGAGAGCCCGCCACCCAAGCGGCCCCGCAUUGCUUACCUUUCGGAGGUGAAGGAAGAGGGUGAUGACAUCCCAGCCCAAGUGGCCAUGGUGACCGAGGAGGAUGGGGCCCCCCAGGUGGCUCUGAUCACUCAGGAUGGUGCCCAGCAGGUGAGCCUGUCCCCGGAAGACCUGCAGGCCCUGGGGAGUGCCAUCAGUAUGGUGACCCAGCAUGGCAGCACCACCAUCACCAUCCCCAGUCAUGAAGACCACCUGGCCGCAUCCGGCACACAUACGGUCACCAUGGUCAGCGCCGAUGGCACCGAGACACAGCCCGUCACAAUCAUUACCUCUGGGGCUGUGGUAGCUGAGGACUCAAGUUUAACGUCCCUUCAUCAUCAGCAGGUGGCGUUGUUGGCCACAGCCAACGGCACACACAUUGCCGUGCAGCUGGAGGAGCAGCAGACCCUGGAGGACGCCAUCAGUGUGGCCACCGCUGCCAUGCAGCAGGGGGCUGUGACCCUGAAGACGGCAGUGUCGGAGAGUGGCUGCUGAGCACGAGAGGGCUGGGUCCUACACCGUGUUAGAGGAGGUGUCAGGCUGCACAGGCGUUCUCGCCUCCAAGGGCCCAGGCUGUGGCUGGCACGCAUGGAAGGUGGCCACAUAGCUCUCUAGGGCAGGAAGGCGGCAGGAAAACGGCCUAACUGAUGGGGGCCCCGCCCAAGAGGAGGGCCAGUCGGCCAGAAUUGCGGAGCAUGUCAUCCUCGGAAGCUGAGGAGAACGAGUCUGAUCACCAGGCUGCACUGGGGUGCCCUCCCCUCAAAAUCAGUGGGGUGUCCACUCCUUCUAGAGAACACCCUUCCUGCCCUCAGUCCGCUCUCCUUCUCAGGUGGAAACUGGGGCUGCUGGGGGACUGGCCCUCCACCCUGAUGGUCAUCGCCUGCCAGGGGAGGGGCAGGCAGCUCUUCAGCCCAGUGGGAGCAGAGCAGGCCCGGCCCUGCCCUCCCAGCAAUAACCACCUCCCUUGAGGCCAGCCAGGAUGCCUGGCCACUUGGCACAGGGACUUCCUGCCACUGCAGUCAGAAUUAAUUCCUCAGGGGCCUGUGGCUGGAAAAAAGGUACCCAGCCCCCACCACCCCCAGCUGCCCCCCGCCCCCGCCUCUCUGCGGCAGAGAGGUAGGGAGCAGCCCUGUAAAUAGACUACAGGGGAUUGGGUUUAAUUUGUUUUGUUUUUUUAAUUCCAUUUUGAUAAUUUUUUUUUCCUGCUCUGGGUGGUGGUGGCAAAUGGGUGAAUGAGUAUUUAAUAAAAGUUCCAAGUUUCUA